AUGCCUGUUAGACUAAUGUAAUUAGGCCUAUAAUUGUGGAUGUCACCACGCCAAUUGUGGUAGGCUUGCAUGCCACCCAAGCGUGUAUAUAUGUACUCCUAUACUCAUACUUGGAAUACAAUCAAUCAUUCAUACACUUUCAUGGUAUCAAUCGCGGUUUCGAUCCGCUACCCUUCCGCAACGCAAACCAGCGCCCGCCGCCGAUCCGAUCGCCACCACCGUCGCUGACUACAUGUCGCCGGGUGUGUUGCCGGUCUCAUCGCCCGCGCUGCCGAUCCGAUCGCCCAACCCGUAGCUGCCCUCGUCACCGGGUGUGGCCGCCGAUCUGAUCCUGCCUCCGUUCCCGAUCUCCUGCUCUACGUGCUGUACGUACGACUCCCGACCGCCGCCGUCGUCAUCAACGUGCUGUACGUGCUUGGAGCUGCACGUGCUGUACCUGUACGAUCGCCUGCUGUUGAUCGCGUCACCAGGUGUGACCGCCGGUCCUGCCCCACAUGGCUGGCGAAGACGACGACGCCGCCGCCGCGGCAGCCGCCAAGGCGGCCAAAGAAGCCGACGCUGCUCGCGCUGAAGAAGCGCGUCGGGCUGAGGAGGCCCGCCUUUGCAACGCCGCCCUGGACGAGUACGAGAGCGCUCACGAAGCCAUCUGGGCGCAGGCUACCGCCGUCGUCAACGUGAAGGCGCUCAUCCCCGUCAUCCUCGACAAGGUCACGAACACCGACACCAAGUGGCGCGGGAUGUUCCUCACUGUGCUCGGCAAGUAUGCGCUGACCCGCCACGUGCUCGACGAUCAGGUGUUCCCCGAGCGCCCCGCAUGGCUCCAGGCGGACUGCGUCGUCUUGACGUGGAUCUUCGGCACCGUCUCCGGCGAUUUGCAGCAGUCGCUCAUGAUCCGCCAACGCCCCGCGCGUGAGGCGUGGUGCUACCUCGAGGACGAGUUCCUUGGCCAGAAGGAGUCUCGCGCCCUCCUCCUCGAGACGCAGUUCCGUAACCUCCGGCAAGACUCCAUGUCGAUCACCGAUUUUUGCCGUCGUCUGGAGACCAUGGCUGCGUCCCUCGCCGAGUUCGGCGACCCCAUCGGUGAUCGCCAGAUGGUUCUCACCCUUCUUCGCGGGCUGAGCGGUAAAUUCCGCCACAUGGUGUCGAUCCUCAAGAUGCAUCGUCCGUUCCCGACGUUCGCCGAGGCCCGGACGCACCUCUUACUGGAGGAGAUGGAGAUUGAUGCUCGCCCGCCCUCACCGCCCACGGCUCUCAUCGCGCAUCAGCAGCCGGCUGCGGCUGGCCCGCCGGCGCCCUCCUCCACAUCGCGCCAGGGGAACCCGAUGGCUCCACAGCGUCCCCCCGGUGCGCCCACUGGUGGCCAGCGCACCAACGGUCGUCGCCGUGGCCGCGGCGGGCGUGGUGGCAGCCAGCAGCCUCCUGGAGGGGGCACGCCCUCUGCUGGACAGCACAGCGCACCGUCGGGCAUGCACCAGGGUGUGCAUCCGUCCUUUGCUCAGCCUUGGGCAGGCUCGCUGCAGAUGUGGCCAUACGGCCGCCCUCCGCCGCCUCAGCCGGCCUUCACCGCUUUUCCACAGUAUGGCGGGUCGUUCGGCAGCGUUCCGGGCGGUGGCGUCUAUGGCACCGGCUACACCGCGCCCCCACCGUCCGUCUACGGCGGAGCUGUGCACUCGCCAUCAACGUUCCAGGCCCCCCCGGUGCCCUUUCCGGUGGCUGUGCAGCCACCCUGGAACCCCACUCAAGGAGGCGCAUGGAACCAGGACUCCCUGGUGCAGUCGUUCAACACCAUGUCGCUCACCCCGCACACACCAUCCGAAUGGUAUGCCGACUCCGGUGCUGGCUCAUAUGACUACGGAUGCCGGAUCUACACACCAGGAACGUGAUCGCCAGGUGCAAUAGCUCCGGCGACCUCUACCCGUUCUUCCCACCCGCCACCAGCACUUCCGCCCUCAUCGCUGCACCCACCUCGCUUUGGCAUCGCUGUCUCGGUCACCUUGGGCGUGAAGCUUUGUC